AGGCGUACCUGUUCCACCCAAGGGUUUAUCUAGGCUGCGCAGGCGCUGGGCGGUCAUUUUCUCUCAGCCACGCCGAAGCCGAGCGUCGAGCGGGCGAAAACUCGAAUAACGAGGCAAGAUGAUGCUGAGUACCGAAGGCGGUGAGGGCUUCGUCGUCAAGGUCCGGGGGCUGCCCUGGUCCUGCUCCGCCGACGAAGUCCAGCGCUUCUUUUCGGAGUGCAAAAUUCAGAACGGGGCGUCGGGCAUCCGUUUCAUCUACACCAGAGAAGGCCGACCCAGCGGAGAGGCGUUCGUGGAACUGGAAUCGGAGGACGAAGUGAAACUGGCCCUGAAAAAGGACAGAGAAACUAUGGGACACAGAUAUGUUGAAGUAUUCAAGUCAAACAACGUUGAAAUGGAUUGGGUGUUGAAGCAUACCGGUCCAAAUAGUCCUGACACUGCCAAUGAUGGCUUUGUGCGUCUUAGAGGACUUCCAUUUGGCUGUAGCAAGGAAGAAAUUGUUCAGUUUUUUUCAGGGUUGGAAAUCGUGCCAAAUGGGAUAACAUUGCCGGUGGACUUCCAGGGGAGGAGUACGGGGGAGGCCUUCGUGCAGUUUGCUUCACAGGAAAUAGCUGAAAAGGCUCUAAAGAAACACAAGGAAAGAAUAGGGCACAGGUACAUUGAAAUCUUCAAGAGCAGUCGGGCUGAGGUGCGCACGCACUAUGAUCCCCCUCGCAAACUGAUGGCCAUGCAACGGCCGGGUCCUUAUGACCGGCCUGGGGCUGGCCGGGGGUAUAACAGUAUUGGGAGAGGAGCCGGGUUUGAGAGGAUGCGGCGUGGAGCUUACGGUGGAGAAAUCGCUCUCCUCCUAGGUUACGGGGGCUACGACGACUACAACGGCUACAACGACGGCUACGGCUUUGGAUCGGACAGAUUCGGAAGAGACCUCAAUUACUGCUUUUCAGGAAUGUCCGAUCACCGGUAUGGUGACGGCGGGUCGACUUUCCAGAGCACAACCGGUCACUGUGUACACAUGAGAGGUCUUCCCUACAGAGCCACCGAAAAUGACAUUUACAAUUUUUUCUCGCCACUCAACCCUGUGCGAGUACAUAUUGAAAUCGGACCCGAUGGCCGAGUGACUGGUGAAGCCGAUGUUGAGUUUGCCACCCAUGAGGACGCAGUGGCCGCUAUGUCGAAGGACAAAGCAAACAUGCAGCACAGAUAUGUAGAACUCUUCUUGAACUCGACAGCAGGAGCAAGCGGUGGUGCAUACGAACACAGAUAUGUAGAACUCUUCUUGAAUUCUACAGCAGGAGCAAGCGGUGGUGCUUAUGGUAGCCAAAUGAUGGGAGGCAUGGGCUUGUCAAACCAGUCCAGUUACGGUGGCCCAGCUAGCCAGCAGCUGAGCGGUGGUUACGGAGGCGGCUACGGUGGCCAGAGCAGCAUGAGCGGAUACGACCAAGUUUUACAGGAAAACUCCAGUGAUUUUCAAUCAAACAUUGCAUAGGGAGCCAAGGAGCCUUGAACAGCAGCUACUACAGUAGCGGAAGCCGUGCAUCUAUGGGAGUGAAUGGAAUGGGGGGGCUGGCAAGCAUGUCCACUAUGAGUGGUGGAUGGGGGAUAUAAACUGAUCUGGUCCCUGACUCUUGAUCACCUUUUUUUUUUUUUUUUACAAAAAAAAAACCAAACAAAAAAAACUUGAGUUUAACAGUUUUGCAAUACAAGCUUGUGAUUUCUGCUUACUGUAAGUGAAAAAUCAGGAUUGUUUUAAGACUUCAGGUCCAGUAUUUUUGAGAACACAAAACAUUCAUCUAGGAUGUAAUAACCCAGUUGAGUAAAAGACGAUUUAACUGUUAAACAAUUUUCAGCUUUCCUCCAGUUAGUUAUGUUGUAGAAGUGUACUUUAAGCAGUAAGCGUAUUUAGGUUAAAGCCGUUUCAAGAUUACGUUAAGUGUUGCUCUUAUACCACAUUACAUUGAACACUGUUUUUGGAUGCAUGUUGAGAAACAUGCCUUUUGUAAAAACUCAUAGGAGCUGUGUCUGCAAUCCAAAAGUGAAGCAUUGGCAUGUUUGUUAAUUCUAGUUUAUUUCUUUUAAUAUCUUGUAAGGCACGUAUGUUUGAGCUUUUUUUUUUUUAAGUUAAUGGGGAAAAUUUUGAGACGCAAUACGGAUUCUUUAGGAUUUUGGUCUUGGUGUUUGUAUGAAAUUCUGAGGCCUUGAUUUAAAUCUUUCAUGGUAUUGUGAUUUUCCUUUUAGGUGUAUUGCGCUAAGUGAAACUUGUUUAAAUAAACCUUCCUUUUAAAAACUGGAA